AUGGGCGAUGUGGAGGAGAGUAUUACAGGGGUUACAUGUGCCAGUGUGAUUAUGACUGUCUCACUCACGAUGAGUGCUGUAUGGACUACGAAUCCCAGUGCACCACCAGUAAGGACUUUUCUUAUAUUUUUACUGUAUUAGUGGUAUCUGAGUUUCCCAAACUGGGUCUUGGGGACCCCUAGGGAUGCACGUUUUGUUUUUUGUCCUAGCACUACACAGCUGAUUCAAAUAAUCAAAGCGUGAUGAUGAGUUGAUUAUUUGAAUCAGCUGUGUAGUGCUAUGGCAAAAGCCAAAAUGUGCACCCCUUGGGUCUGCAGUACAGAGUUUGGGAAACCCUGCAUUAUCAUAAACAAAAUGUACAUCAUAAUGAUCCAUGAGAGUGUAUGAUGUGUAAUUUAUUCAGAUGAUAAAGACCCACAUGUACAUACAGGUAUUAUGCAUGUGUUAUAAUAACAUAACCAGGACUGGUGUGAUAAUGGAUGUACUGUAUGUCUGUGUACCAGGUGACGCGUGUAAAGGGCGGUGUGGUGAAUCCUUUAAGAGGGGAAGGCUGUGUGACUGUGAUCCUGACUGUGCACGGUACAACAAGUGCUGCCCAGAUUACAACAGUCAGUGUGGCAUAGAAGGUUAGUAAAAUGUCAAAGACACCUAACAUAGUCUUGUGAAGUAAAAUCUUACAAUGAAACCAUGCAGUUUUUCUGCAUAUAACUUUUAUUUAUAUAUUAUUUCAUGCAGGGACGCAACUUUGAUUUUAGAAGUGAGAGAGACAUCACUUUUUUUUUCAGUCGGAUAAACACUCCAAACAGCCAUAUAUACGAUUGCUCGGAGGCAUCCGGAUGGUCCUAAAGCACACCGUUGCCUCGUUUUGUAUCACAUUCCAAUUAUAAAACUGGGGGGGACAAAAAUGCAAUUUCAGAAUGUAGUGGGGACAUGUCCCCAGUGAAAGUUGCACCCCUGAUUUCAUGUAUGAAAUAAUAUGUAUGACAUGAAACAAUGUAUGAAAUAAUGUCUAGUACAUGAUAGUAUGACAAGAAAGAUAGGGAUGCUGGCACUAUGCAUGUACAGUGCAUUCGGAAAGUAUUCAGACCCCUUCCCUUUUUCCACAUUUUGUUACGUUACAGCCUUAUUCUAAAUUUGAUUAAAUAAAAAAUGUACCUCAUCAAUCUACAGACAAUACCCCAUAAUGACAAAGCGAAAACAGGUUUGUAGAAAUUUUAGCAAAUGUAUUAAAAAUAAAAAACAGAAAUACAUAACUAUUCAGACCCUUUGCUAAGAGACUCGAAAUUGAGCUCAGGUGCAUCUUGUUUCCAUUGAUCAUCCUUGAGAUGUAUCUACAACUUGAUUGGAGUCCACCUGUGGUAAAUUCAAUUGAUUGGACAUGAUUUGGAAAGGCACACACCUGUCUAUAUAAGGUUCCACAGUUGACAGUGCAUGUCAGAGCAGAAACCAAGCCAUGAGGUCGAAGGAAUUGUCCGUAGAGCUCCGAGAUAGGAUUAUGUCGAGGCACAGAUUUGGGGAAGGGUACCAAAAAAUUUCUGCACCAUUGACGGUCCCCAAGGACAUAGUGGCCUCCAUCAUUCUUAAAUGGAAGAAGUUUGGAACCACCAAGACACUUCCUAGAGCUGGCCGCCUGGCCAAUCUGAGCAAUUGGGGGAGAAAAGCCUUGGUCAGGGAGGUGACCAAGAAUGCAAUGGUCACACAAAGCUCCAGAGUUCCUCUGUGGAGAUGGGAGAAGGACAACCAUCUCUGCAGCACUCCACCUAUAAGGCCUUUAUGUUAGAGUCACCAGACGGAAGCCACUCCUCAGUAAAAGGCACAUGACAGCCUGCUUGGAGUUUGCCAAAAGGCACCUAAAGACUCGCAGACCAUGAGAAACAAGAUUCUCUGGUCUGAUGAAACCAAGAUUGAACUCUUUGGCCUGAAUGCCAAGCGUCACGCCUGAAGGAAACCUGGCACAAUCCCUAUGGUGAAGCAUGGUGAUGGCAGCAUCAUGCCGUGGGGAUGUUUUUCAGCGGCAGGAACUGGGAGACUAGUCAGGAUCGAGGCAAAGAUGAACAGAGCAAAGUACAGAGAGAUCCUUGAUGAAAACCUGCUCCAGAGAGCUAAGGACCUCAGCCAGGGGCGAAGGAUCACCUUCCAACAGGACAAUGACCCUAAGCACACAGCCAAGACAACACAGGAGUGGCUUCGGGACAAGUCUCUGAAUGUCCUUGAGUGGCCCAGCCAGAGCCCGGACUUGAACUCGAUCUAACAUCUCCCCAUCCAACCUGACAGAGCUUGAGAGGAUCUACAGAUAAAAAUGGGAGAUACUCCCCAAAUAGUGGUGUACCAAGCUUGUAGCGUCAUACCCAAGAAGACUUGCUGCCAAAGGUGCUUCAACAAAGUACUGAGUAAAGGGUCUGAAUACUUAUGUAAAUGUGAUAUUUCCGGGGGGGGUUUGCAAAUUUUUCUACAAACCUGUUUUUGCUUUGUCAUUUUGGGGUAUUGCGUGUAGAUUGAUGAGUGAAAAAAAACAAUUUAAUCAAUUUUAGAAAAGGCUGUAACCUAACAAAAUGUGGAAAAAGUCAAGGGGUCUGAAUACUUUCCGAAGUUACUGUAAAUAGGCAAAUACAUUUUAAACUCAUGCAGUAGCCUGCAUCAGUUUGUUUUGACUAUUUUCUCUUUUAAUAAUUAUUACAGACAACACCAAAAAAACAGGCAGCACAGCAACACUGAAGACUAGCUCAUGCAAUAACAUAAACGAUGACUAA